GCCCAGCCCGGGCGGCGCGGGGCGGGGCGGCUCUCGCGACUGGGGGACGCAGGGCGCAGCGGCCGAGCGGGGUCCCCGGAAGCACAGCUGGGGCACCUCCGCCUACGGCCGGCCGCACGCCUCUUCUCUCCCGCGCCAGGGAAGAAGCGGCUACGGCCCCCACUGGGCGGAGGCACGGGGGUCAUAGAGGGGGCGGAGGGGUCCACGUCGCGGAGGAGAUGGUGCGGCACGUGCUGUGACGGCGCCCGCGCCCCGAGGGUCCCAGCCCCGAGUCCCUGGGACAGCAUGGAGCGCCCGGAGCCCGAGCUGAUCCGGCAGAGCUGGCGGGCUGUGAGCCGCAGCCCUCUGGAGCACGGCACAGUCCUGUUCGCCAGGCUGUUUGCGCUGGAGCCUGACCUGCUACCCCUCUUCCAGUACAACUGCCGCCAGUUCUCCAGCCCGGAAGACUGUCUCUCCUCACCUGAGUUCCUGGACCACAUCAGGAAGGUGAUGCUCGUGAUUGAUGCUGCAGUAACCAAUGUGGAAGACCUGUCUUCACUGGAGGAGUACCUUGCCAGCCUGGGCAGGAAGCACCGGGCAGUGGGUGUGAAGCUCAGCUCCUUCUCGACAGUGGGCGAGUCUCUGCUCUACAUGCUGGAGAAGUGUCUGGGUCCUGCCUUCACACCAGCCACUCGGGCCGCCUGGAGCCAGCUCUACGGGGCCGUGGUGCAGGCCAUGAGUCGAGGCUGGGACGGCGAGUAAGAGCAUUCCCUUCCCCUCAUUCAGCACUUCUGAGGGAGCUCCCGGACUAUUCUGCAGCUGUGGGGACCCAGCUAGCGGGCCAGGUGGGGUGGGGCUGGGGACCGGCCAGGAAGGAGGGGCGUCUUCAUCCCAGAAAGACCCGAGUUCCCCCAGCCCUUCAUCACCAACCCAGCCCUGCAGGAGUGAGUCUUACCUCCCUCGGCCCUCCUUUCUGCCCCAGCCUGCAGCAACGGGGAGACCACAGCGCCUCAGAUUCACUGCUCGCUGUGUGCCUGUACUCAGGCAGCUGGAGGGAAGAGAAGGCAGCCGCAGAGGCCCCCGCCCUCACCCCAGCUGUCCGCACUUUAACCGUUUGCUCUGUGCUGUGGUCUAUAAACUCAUGAGAAAUAAACUGGUUCUGUGUGCCUCUCUGA